GGCGGGAAUUCGUCCGCUGGAGUGUUGUAGGUGGGAGCUGAGGGGAGAAAAAGUAAAAGUUAGGAGUCGGAAGUAAAGCAUGAUGUCGUCAAUACGGUCUGAAUAUACAAUUGGUGGGGUGAAGAUUGACUUUCCUUAUAAAGCUUAUCCAUCACAGCUUGCUAUGAUGAAUUCUAUUGUCAGAGGAUUAAAUAGUAAGCAACACUGUUUGUUGGAGAGCCCUACAGGGAGUGGGAAAAGCUUAGCCUUACUUUGUUCUGCUUUAGCAUGGCAACAAUCUCUUAGUGGGAAGCCCGUGGAUGAAGGCUCAAGUAGAAAAGCUGAAGUACCAUUGUCGUGUUGUUGUGCAUGCCAUUCGAAGAAUUUUGCAAACAAUGAUGUGAACCAGGAAACUUCAUAUCAUUUCAGUAAUCCAAGUACACCACCUUCUGAAAGAAGUGGCAGUUUGUCAACUUGUCAAGACUCUCCUGGAAAAACUACACUGGCUGCAAAGCUAUCUGCUAAGAAACAAGCGUCUAUGUACAGAAACGAAAAUGAUGAUUUUCAAGUAGAGAAGAAGAGAAUUCGACCCUUAGAAACUACACAGCAGAUUAGAAAACGUCAUUGUUUUGAAAAGGAUAUGCAGCACUUGGAUGCAGAAGUUGCUUCAGGAAAGAACAAACUCGAGUCUCCAACAGGAAAGAUAAACUCCUUUUCUCCACAAAAUCCCCCUGGUCACUGUUCUAGGUGCUGUUGUUCCACUAAACAAGGGAAGAGUCAAGAUUCUUCAGAUACCACUAAGAAGGAUCAUGGAGGGAAAUCCAAGAUACCCAAAAUAUAUUUUGGGACACGCACACACAAGCAGAUUGCUCAGAUUACUAGAGAGCUCCGGAGAACAGCAUACUCAGGGGUCCCAAUGACUAUUCUCUCCAGCAGGGAUCAUACUUGUGUCCACCCUGAAGUAGUAGGCAACUUCAACAGAAAAGAAAAUUGCAUGGAAUUACUGGAUGGAAGAAAUGGAAAAUCCUGCUAUCUUUAUCAUGGUAUUCAUAAAAUUAGUGAUCAACACACAUUACAGACUCUCCACGGAAUGUGCAAGGCCUGGGAUAUAGAAGAACUCGUCACCUUGGGGAAAAAAAUAAAGGCAUGUCCAUAUUACACAGCACGAGAACUAAUGCAAGAUGCUGACAUAAUAUUUUGUCCCUACAACUAUCUUCUAGAUGUACAAAUAAGGGAAAGUAUGGAAAUCAAUCUGAAAGAACAGGUUGUCAUUUUAGAUGAAGCUCACAACAUUGAGGAUUGUGCUCGGGAUUCAGCAAGUUAUAGUGUAACAGAAGUUCAGCUUCGGUUUGCUCGGGAUGAACUAGAUAGUAUGGUCAUCAAUAAUAUCAGGAAGAAAGACCAUGAACCCAUACGAGCUGUGUGCUACAGCCUUAUUAAUUGGUUAGAAGUAAACUCUGAACAUCUUAUGGAAAGGGAUUACGAAUCAUCCUGUAAAAUAUGGAGUGGAAGUGAGAUGCUCUCAAAUUUACACAAAAUGGGUAUCACCACUGCUACUUUUCCCAUUUUGCAGGGACAUUUAUUUGCUAUCCUUCAAAAAGAAGAAAAAGUCUCAUCAAUUCAUGGUAAAGAAGAGGCAGUAGAAAUACCUAUUAUUAGUGCUUCAACUCGAGUAAUGCUCAAAGGACUUUUUAUGGUACUUGACUAUCUUUUUAGGCAAAAUAGCAGGUUUGCAGAUGAUUAUAAAGUUGCUAUUCAACAGACUUAUUCUUGGAUAAACCAGACAGAUAUUUCAGAUAAAAAUGUGUUCUUUGUUCUACCAAAAAAUAAGAAACGUUUACCACAGAAAACAGCAGUUCGUGUGCUGAAUUUUUGGUGCUUAAAUCCAGCUGUGGCCUUUUCAGACAUUAAUGGCAAGGUUUGGAACAUUGUUUUGACAUCUGGGACAUUAUCACCAAUGAAAUCCUUUUCAUCAGAACUUGGUGUUACAUUUACUAUCCAGCUGGAGGCUAAUCAUGUCAUUAAUAACUCACAGGUUUGGGUUGGCACCAUUGGGUCAGGCCCCCAGGGUCGCAAUCUCUGUGCCACCUUUCAGCACACAGAAACAUUUGCGUUCCAGGAUGAAGUGGGAGCACUUUUGUUAUCUGUGUGUCAGACUGUGAGCCAAGGAAUUUUGUGUUUCUUGCCAUCUUACAAGUUAUUAGAAAAGUUAAAAGAACGUUGGCUCUCUACCGGUUUAUGGCAUAAUCUGGAGUUGGUGAAGACAGUCAUUGUAGAACCACAGAAAGGAGAAAAAACGGAUUUUGAUGAAUUACUGAAGGUGUACUAUGAUGCGAUCAAGUACAAAGGAGAAAAAGACGGAGCCCUCCUGGUAGCAGUUUGUCGUGGUAAAGUGAGCGAGGGGCUAGAUUUCUCAGAUGAUAAUGCCCGUGCUGUCAUAACAGUAGGAAUCCCUUUUCCAAAUGUGAAAGACCUACAGGUUGAACUAAAGCGACAAUAUAAUGACCAGCACUCAAAAGUAAGAGGUCUUUUACCAGGUCGUCAAUGGUAUGAAAUUCAAGCAUACAGGGCCUUAAACCAGGCCCUAGGUAGGUGUAUUCGACACAAAAAUGAUUGGGGAGCUCUGAUUCUAGUGGAUGAUCGUUUCAGGAGUAACCCAAAUCGAUACAUAUCUGGACUUUCUAAGUGGGUACGGCAGCUGAUUCAGCACUAUUCAACCUUUGAGAGUGCUUUGGAGUCCUUGGCCGAAUUUUCCCAAAAGCACCAAAAGAUCAUCAAUGUAUCCAAAGACAGAAAGCCUGUACAGGACAACGAGUCUAUAUUUUCAGUGGCUUGUUUGAAAGACAAUACCUCAACUUUUUUAUUAGAAGCAGCACGCUCUCGAUCACCAGAAUAUCCUAGGAAAGAUGAUCCAGUAUUAUUGGAAGGGUCUGCCCAGGCAGUGGGAGCAGAAAGAAUUGUGAUUUCUAGAUCUAAAAGCCCAACCUUCAACAAACAGACAAAGAGUGUUAGCUGGUCUGGCAGUAAUUCUUUGGGACAGCAUCUCACUGGUAAAAUUCUGACUGUAACACCUGAGUUUAGAUCAUCAGAGGACUGUGCCUCUAGUUCAUCCUCUUUUAAAACAGAAAAAGAAGAUGAGGCUGUUUUGCCACUCUCUGAUAAGUGUGAGUCCUCAGCUGUGACAACAAACACAUCAUUUGGACCAUGCCCUCAAUCAGAAACUAUUAUUCCUUCAGAAAAGAUUGAUGCUACUCUUCCUAAUAAAAAUCAUUCUGAACAGCUGCUGCCCUGUGAAGAAGCCCUGAAUCCAAAUAAUCAGUUAUCUCCAGUAAGUGAAGAAGCUGAACUUCCCACUUCAGAUAGAGCUUCUGAAACAGAAGCAGAGGAUGAAUCUAUCUAUUUCACACCUGAACUUUAUGAUCCUAUAGAUACAAAUGAAGAAGAGAAUGAACUAGUUGGAAUUGAUAGUGACAACAGAUUGACUAAUAAUUCAGAUUGCAUUUUAGCUGAAGAUCUUUUUGGAAUUAGUACUAUGAAAGGAGUGGAUUCAGUCAGAGAAAUGGAAGAUGAGGAUUACAGAGACACAAAGUUGAAUAGACUCAUGCAUAUUGAAGAAAGUAAAGUCGAUGACCUUGAUAGUAAUGUAAUAACUCAUAAAUGAAUUGGAAACUGGGGAAAAAAAGUUUGUGAAAUGGAUAUAAAGAACAUUAAACAGUCUCCUUCCAUUUUAAGGUGUGUUCCCUGGUGUUAGGUAAUAAUACUUGAUUGACUGUCAAACUAUAAAAAUAUGUCAUCAUGCUAAUAUUAAACCCUGUUGUAAAUGAUAAUUUAUACACUGGAUAAAUGGUAUGUUUCUUUUUUUCUUUGCUUUUUAGGGCC